CCGAAUGCGACAACUUCCGUAUCCUUUGGGGACAUUAGAGGUGGUUUUCGUCAGUCAGAGUUCCUCAAAAUUUAAAGCACCUUCGAAAGAACACAACAGAUAAUCAAGGAGAAAACGUCAUCAUUCCCAGACCCGUUCGACUCAUCCGCCGGUCCUGCCAGCCCCUUCUCCCGACCCGAGGACGAGAUGAGCACCGAGAAGACGGAGUACUUCCCCGUGGAGGCUGGGAAAGCUCAGCCUCCUCUUCCCGGGUAUACGGUGUUUCCACCGGGGUUUGUGGUGGACGGGGCCGGGCAGGAGACGUACGCCGGGCCCGCUGCCCCCGGUUCUCUCCCCUUCCCCCCUCCUACCGCCUUUGCCCCGGUGCCCCCCGGAGCUUUUGGAGCGGCACCCGACCCCCAAAGGGGAGCCCUGGGCUAUGGCAACCCCGCCUGCCCACCCUACUCGCCCCCAGCCCCGGGCUUUGUGGACAGCUAUGGCGGUAAUGUUUACCACAGCGAGGAGAACCCGCCACCUUUCCAUGACAACCAAGACUUUGAUUUUGGAUUAGACAACAAGACCAUCAGACGAGCCUUUAUUCGGAAGGUGUUCCUCGUGCUAAGUGCUCAGCUGAUGGUGACGUUCGCCUUUGUGGCGGUUUUCACCUUUGUGGACGAGGUCAAGAGCUUUGUGUCGGUGAACAUCUGGACCUACUUGGUGUCCUACAUGGUGUUUUUUGUGUCGGUUUGUGCGAUCAGCUGCUGUGGCAGCGUUCGGAGGAGGCACCCCUGGAACCUGGUUGCUUUGUCUGUCCUGACCCUCAGCAUGUCCUACAUGGUGGGGACGAUUGCCAGCUUCCAUCAGACUGACUCUGUGAUCAUGGCAGUGGGCAUCACAGCUCUCGUAUGCUUCACGGUGGUCAUCUUCUCUCUGCAGACCAAAUAUGACUUCACCUCCUGCUACGGCGUGCUCUUCGUCUGUCUCAUUGUCCUGAUCGUCUUCGGCAUUUUGUGCAUCGUCAUUCGAAACAGGAUCCUGGAAAUCGUGUAUGCUGGACUGGGAGCACUACUCUUCACCUGCUUCUUGGCAGUAGACACGCAGCUGCUGCUUGGCAACAAGGAACUGGCCUUGAGCCCAGAGGAGUAUGUCUUUGCUGCCCUGAACCUGUACACCGACAUCAUCAACAUCUUCCUCUACAUUCUUGCCAUUAUUGGAAGAGCGAGGGGAGGCUAAGCAGUGAAGCCGACACAUAAAUAUUUAGACAGAAAACUGCUUUCUGCUUGUGUAUAGAAGUGAAUUUCCAUAAUCAUCAGUUUUGAUUAGCUUCCUAGUGUUUGCUCAUUACAUGGUUAGAGGUAGCUUUCACUUCGUCCUGCGUAGAUGCUAUUUUUUGACGGUAAAGGGAAGCGCUCCAAGUGGCAGAUUUGUUGGUUUUGUGUGUUUAAAAACUGUAUUUAGGUUUUUUGAAGUUUUUUUUCAUGCUAAAUCGUUAAUCGGUGCACAGAUGGGAAAGCACAGACCCUUUCUGAUGCUUUCUAAUGUAUGAAACAUGCUCAGGAGGUGUUUCAAAGGUCAGCAUACAUCUUUUCCACCUCUAAGACUUAUGUGGUGGCAUUUGCUCAGCUUUAAGACUUGUAAAGUGGCGAAUACUCUUGGAAAAAAAAAAAUGAAGCGUGGGCUUUGAGCUAAACCCAAAAGGUGGCAGAACGAAAAGUCCAGUGGAUGAAACCGUGACAGCUCAGUCUCCAAGACAACAAAAGUUCUAAAGCCAAUCACUGGAUGACACAUUUUGAAAUGUUACUAUGACGAUGUCAUUGUGUUGUUUUAUUAUUUUUUUCUUUCUCUCAAAGUAUAUUUCUAAUGCCUGAUAUCAACUUUGAUGUUUUGAACAGCCUUUUUUAAACCUGAUGUCUGUCCUUUCUAUCUAUUAAAACAAUCAACAAUCACAU